AUGCUCCCGUGGCUAGGCUCCACAGUAGCCGCGGCGCCGCUGGCAUUGCGCACGCUAGCGUACACGUCGUCGUGGGUGGCGCACAGCCUCAUCGUGCAGAUGCUGGUUUGGGGCGUGCUGACUGUCUACAACCGCAACGGGCUCUCCAAGAAGAACACCCGGGAACCGGCACUGCCGGUGUCCAGGAUGCUGCUGGCGGAUGUCUUUGGGUACUACUCAUGGAUGAUCGGCGCCGGGCUGGUCCAGGCGUGGUACAACCCAACCAUGGACUCGUGGGGAUUUGAAUUUCCCUUCACUAAACUCCUGUGGUACCAACUCCCAAUCAUCAUGGCCUACGACACUUGGUUCUUCUUCGUGCACCGCUACGCGCACAUCAACAAGUGGCUGUUCCGCCACGUGCACGCGAUGCACCACCGCAACGACGCCUACCUGAAUGUGACAUCAAACUCGUUCGAGCACCCCAUAGACGGCCUGAUGGUUGUUGGCAUCCCGGUCGGCUUUGUCGCCUUGCUCGGGUGCCACAUCGGCAACUUCUGGACGCUGUUCGUGCCCAUGCACACGAUCGCGUGCAUCUUUGUGUUUGGCCACAGCGGCUACGACCUGGCCCUUGACGAGUGGCACCACGUCGCCCUGCUGGCCAUCAACCCCAUGCUGCUCAUCCAGCUGGUGACCGCCAACGCGGCCGUCCCUAUGGACCACGAGGACCACCACACCAACCCGCGCGUCAACUUUUCGCUGUUCUUCACGUUCUGGGACGACCUCUUCGACUGCUCGCACCCCAAGCGCGCACCGUUCACGUUCCUGCUGUGGUUCGUGAGCCUCUUCUUCUUCGUGCCCCUCUCCCUCUACUACGAGUGGAUCUGGUUCGGCCCCGCCAGCUUCUUCGCCGCGCUCGUGCUCCACAUCUUCACGCCGCUGCCCAACGCCGUGUACAAGCUGCUGGGCGGCGUCGUCUCGCGUACAGUCAGCCGCCUGCCGAUCUGGGACUGGAUGCGUCGUGACCUGCUGCUCACCUACGCCGAGCCCGGCCAGCCGGGCGCGUUCGACGCGGACCCCUCCCGCCGCUACAUCUUCUGCUACCAGCCGAUGGGCGUCCAGGCGCGCGGCGCGUACUACACCUUUGCGGGCAAGGGGCGGCGCAGCCCCGUGUCGAAGCUGCACGACGUGAAGCUCGCGGCCGGGCGCGUGCUGUGGGGGACGCCGAUUGUGCAGCAGCUGCUGGCGCUGUACGACUGCUGCGACACGUCGUACGCGACGCUGUCGGCGCUGCUCACUGACAAGGAGCUGUCUUGA